CCCGUGCCCCCACUGGCUAUGGUAGUUUCCAGAACUCCCCCAGCCCAGGGUGGGGGCUCUCUCAGGAUCUUAACCCCCCUGCUGCUUCUGGCUUCUGCAGCCUCCCUCCAUGCUGCCAAGAUACCUGCACCCCCAGCCUGUGGGAAGCCCCAGCAGCUGAACCGGAUCGUGGGUGGUGAGGACAGCACCGAUGCCGAGUGGCCCUGGGUCGUGAGCAUCCAGAAGAACAGGACCCACCACUGUGCAGGCUCCCUGCUCACCAGCCGCUGGGUAGUCACCGCCGCCCACUGCUUCAAGGGCACUCUGAACAAGCCAUCCCAGUUCUCUGUGCUGCUGGGGGCCUGGCAGCUGGGGAACCCUGGCCCGAGGUCCCAGGAGGUGGGUAUCGCCUGGGUGCAGUCCCACCCUGUGUACUCCUGGGAAGAGGGCUCCCGUGCGGACAUCGCCCUGGUGCGCCUUGAGCACUCCGUCCACUUCUCUGAGCGAAUCCUGCCCAUCUGCCUGCCUGAUGCCUCCGUCCGUCUCUCUCCCAACAUGCGCUGCUGGAUUGCAGGCUGGGGGAGCAUCCAUGAUGGAGUGCCCCUGCCCCAUCCCCAGACCCUGCAGAAGCUGGAGGUUCCCAUCAUUGACUCAGAAGUCUGCAGCCUCCUGUACUGGCGGGGAGCGGGGCAGGGGGCCAUCACCGAGGACAUGCUGUGUGCUGGCUACCUGGAGGGGCAGCGAGAUGCCUGUCUGGGUGACUCCGGGGGCCCCCUCAUGUGCCAGGUCGAGGGCACCUGGCUGCUGGCGGGCAUCAUCAGCUGGGGCGAGGGCUGUGCGGAGCGCGACCCGCCCGGUGUCUACAUCAGCCUGGCUGCCCACCGCUCCUGGGUGAUGAGGAUCGUGCAGGGGGUGCAGCUCCGCGGGCACUCACAGGGGAACGGGCCCGCUCGGGGCGCCGGGCCGUCCCGGGGCCGCGUGCGUUAGGGAUCUGGGGAGACGGUCGGCUGCGGGGGCCCCAGCCACCCGACUGUGUGCCUUUCCCGUGCGCCCUUCUCGCCGUUGUAUGUGAGCCACCUGCCUCCGGGGGGCGCCUGCAUGCCGGCACUGCCCCGCCCGCGGGAGCGCCUUUGUUUUCUGUGUGUAUAUAUCCCUGGUGACGAUUUUUACAGUUGUUUGUAGCCCUGCCCCCAUAUCUUAUUUAUUACAAUUUCAAUAAAUUAUUUA